GAGGACGAUAACUUCUUCCAGAUUCUUAUUUACAUUUCAGAGAUGAACAACGCUCGCUGAAAGAAAUAUCUUGGAAUAUUUUUCUUGUUGGUAUUCCUGUUGUCGUCUUGAUGCCAGGCCUGUUGUCACAAGAACCCUAUUGACACCUUGUAUGUGUUGACGAGGAGAGCACGAGCUGCAGCUGCAACUGUAUUGUGAAGAACAGGGUCACGACGAUGCGAAAGAGCAGUUAAAAGAGAACAAAACACGUGAAGAAUCAAUUGCUCCACCAGUGCAGAAAAAACGACAAAAAUGAAGUUGAUGCGCGGUGCUCUCAACCGGGGGAGCACGGGGACGCCGGCGGGCGCUCAGCGAGGAGGUUUCUCUUCGCAUGGAACCCCCGCGGACGAUGAUCCGCCAGCCGCGAAUUCCUACUAUAAACACGACGACCAAGACCACAUGUUCGGCGACAGAACUUCGUCCUCGCAGCCGAAACCGCACAAGCCGCGGCGGUCUGCGAAGAAAUUUUUUUCCAAAUUUUUUCAGUUUGACUCCUGGUUUUCCGCCAGCGCCUUCGGGGGCCGGAAGAGGGGAAAAACAUCGAAAACCAGGGCUGAUAGUCACUCCGGACGAACGGGGCCCCUUUCGGGCACUAGCGACAGAAACGAGAGUGGAAAUCACGGUGAUUUAUUUUAUCGGGCUGCAGAAGAAAAUCAAAAUACCAGAGAAGAUGAAGAUUAUCACUUCGACCUGUUUGAUGGGAGACUGCCGGUCGACGCGGUGGUGCAGAUCGAUAAUCCAGUUUUGCGGGAGCAGAUGGAAGAUCUGUUGCGACGGAUGGAAUGGGAAAGGCAGCGGGAGUUGGAAGAAGAGGUCAUGCUGUCUUCCUCUGACAGUGAAGAAGAUAGUGAAGAUGGUACCGGAUCCAGAGAAGAUUAGGAUAGCACUUCGUAUACUGCUGGGCACGACAAAAGCAGCCAGAAUUUUUGAUCUCCCUUUUCUUGAGUAGAGCCAUUCACGAUAUUAGAGGACCUUGAUGCGCCACCAGCACGGUUGCUCUCACGUCCAUGACGCAAAAAGAAAAGAAGUAACAAACAAACAACCCUGCGUAGAGGUGGAAGUACAUCAAAA